AUCUGACAGUUGUGGUUGGUCGGUUUGUUUUGCUCGUACGACGACGCAUUCUUGUCAUUGUUAGCUAGGUAGGUGGGCAAUCUCUUCCAUUUGCUGGCAUUUAUUUCCGAGCUACGUUCCAAAUUUGUGGCGUUGGAGCUCAAAAUCAGGUGUGUUAAUCAGCCCUUGAGCAAGCAAGGACAUUGCGCUUGGAAGAAGCCAUGGCUAUAUACUGCAGGACGGCUUGGUACAGGCACCUUAUGGCUGUGUCCAUGGCCCUGUUCUGCCUGCUCCACAACACCAUGGACGUCCAUGCCCGGCCAGCUAACAUGUCAGCCCUGAAGGACAAAAACAACCCCACAAGUAAAGAGGAGAAUGAGAUCCUUCCCCCUGACCAUCUAAAUGGGGUGAAGCUGGAGAUGGAUGGUCACAUCAAUAAGGGCUUCCAUCAGGAGGUGUUCCUGGGUAAGGAGAUGGAGGAGUUUGAGGAGGACUCUGAGCCCAGGAGGAACAGGAAGAAGCUCAUUGAGAUCUUCAGCAAGGUGGACUUUAAUAAAGACAAGAGCGUCAGUGCCAAAGAGAUGCAGCGCUGGAUCAUGGAGAAGACAGAAGAACACUUCCUGGAGGCUGUGAGGGAGAACAAGAUGAGCUUCCAUGCUGUGGACCCAGAUGGAGAUGGACAUGUGAUGUGGGAUGAAUACCGGGUGAAGUUUCUGGCCAGCAAAGGAUUCAAUGAGAAGGAAAUGGCUGACAAGAUAAAGAACAGUGAAGAACUGAAGGUGGACGAGGAGACCCAGGAGGUGCUGGAGAGUCUGAAGGACCGUUGGUUUCAGGCUGAUAACCCCCCAGCCGACCAGCUGCUGAAUGAGGAAGAGUUUCUCUCCUUCCUGCAUCCCGAGCACAGCAAAGGCAUGCUCAAAUACAUGGUCAAGGAGAUCGUUCGUGACCUCGACCAGGACGGCGACAAGAAGCUGACUCUGUCUGAGUUCAUCUCCCUGCCCAUGGGCACCGUGGAGAACCAGCAGGCCCAGGACAUCGACGAUGACUGGGUACGAGAGAGGAAGAAGGAGUUUGAGGAGGUCAUCGACAGAAACCAUGAUGGCAUCGUGACCAUGGAGGAACUAGAGGAGUACAUGGACCCUAUGAACGAGUACAACGCGCUGAACGAGGCUAAGCAGAUGAUCGCUGUGGCCGACGAGAACCAGAACCACAACUUGGAGCUGGAGGAGAUUCUCAAGUACAGCGAAUACUUCACUGGCAGCAAGCUCAUGGACUAUGCCCGGAAUGUUCACGAGGAGUUCUGAAGACAAGCUGACAAAAUCCUCCCUUUCCCUUCUAAUGUGGGCAUCCUCAUAAGUCUUCUCUAAGGACAGGUCUGUCUUAUUGAUGAAAAGAAAAGCCUGAUGUUCUAGUGUGCAAUUCUGUGUUUAAAUCCUAGCCCCAGCCGAGUGACCUGGCCUCCCCCAGUGACUCUUAAAGUAAGGCAUAAAACAUCCUUCAUUUCUGGACUGUCUGCCUCUUCUAAACAUCAGAAUGAACCAUUGCCAAAGUCUGCCUUCUGUCUACAGUGGGACUUAAGUUGUAUUAUCUCACGUAUGAUAAUGCAUUUUGGGUUUUCAGUGCAUUCUAGACACUGCGUCAACUUCAUGAUUCAUUUGUGUUUGAUAUAUUGUGAAAUUUAUGUCUGAGUAAUUGGAACAAGAUUCAUUCCCCCCCUCCAGUGAAGUAGUUGAGGUGUAAGGACAACUUACACAAUUGGGCCUACAAUAUUUGUAGUAGUGCAGAACCGUUCUGUUUUUACUGCAAAAUUAUUUAAAUUGCAUUACUGUAAAGAAUGUAAAUAUCUUCGUUCUUUGGAUUUCCCAUCACAUUCUACAUUUCAUAAUGUCGCUCGGAAGUAACUGUUUACCAAGUCAUCAAUCAUAUUGACCACUGAGCUGAACCCCAGUAACCACUGUACUCUCCACACUCAAUGACUACGUGCUUGCUGCCCUUGUAAACAAUUGUUUGACAUUUGUCGAUUUGGUAAGAAGUUCACACUGCUAUGUCCUGAUAGGUGUUGAUGAUUCUAUGAUCCAUCUUAUUCUUUGAAAUGAGUGCUUAUGUCAGAAUUAUGGUGUUUUAAACCUCUACUGCAAAAAUGUCUCAUUGUUUCCAUACAUUUGUUUGCCUUUGUCUAUAAUUCCAACUGGGGUUUUGCAUUUCCAAAAAUAUGUAAGCUCUGUUAAAUAUCUGAUACAAUCAUUACAAAUGAAUUAGCAAUUUGUUAGCAUGGGUCUGAUUUUUUUUAUUUUUUAGUUUAGAAUGUUUUUGCAGGAUUUUGACAUGAGCCCUCUGGGUACCUUGCCCGUGUCAAUUGUCCAUAUCUUUGUCUGAGACUGGUGUAAGAAAUUAACUUAUUUAUUUAUUUGUUGUUAGUCUUUUGUUUACUCUCAAAGCAGUUACAUCAAUAUGUAAAGAAAAAAAUCUUUAUUUUCCCAGUGUUGUACUUUUAGUUUUUCAAUGCUUAUUUGUUUUUUCCCACUUCUGCAAAUGUUGAACUUAAAUACCAGAUGGAUAUUAUUUGUCAUUGAGAAAUUCCUUAUUUCCUUGUGGAUCCUACCAAUUCAGCCAUGUUUGUACCCCUUGUCAUACUUUGACAAAGCUCUGUAAUAUACAGUACCAGUCAAAAGUUUAGACACACCACCUCAUUCCAGUGUUUUUCUUUUUUUAAACUAUUUUCUACAAAACUGAAAUAACACAUGGAAUCAUGUAGUAACCAAAAAAGUGUUAAACAAAUCAAAAUAGAUUUUAUAUUUGAGAUUCUUCAAAGCACAAAAAACAGCAAGCACUAUGAAACUGGCUCUCAUGAGGACCGCCACUGGAAAGGAAGACCCAGAGUUACAUCUGCUGCAGAGGAUGAGUUACCAGCCUCAGAAAUUGCAGCCCCAAAAAAUGCUUCACAGACUAUAUAUAACAGACACAACUCAACAUCUACUGUUCAGAGGAGACCGCAUGAAUCAGGCCUUCAUGGUUGAAUUGCUGUAAAGAAACCACUACUAAACGACACCAAUAAGAAGAGACUUGCUUGUGCCAAGAAACACGAGCAAUGGACAUUAGACCGGUGGAGUGCUGCAUCAGAUGGCCUGGCCUCCACAAUCACCCGACCUCAACCCAAAGGAGAUAGUUUGGGAUGAGUUGCACCACAGAGUAAAGGAAAAGCAGCCAAGUGCUCAGCAUAUGUGGGAACACCUCCAAUCAUUUCCCAUGAAGCUGGUUGAGAGAAUGCCAUGAGUGUGCAAAGCUGUCAUCCAGGCAAAGGGUGGCUACUUUGAAGAAUAUAAAAUAUUUUGAGUUGUUUAACACCUUUUUUUGGUUACCACAAGAUUCCAUGUGUUAUUUCAUAGUUUUGAUGCCUCCAUCAAAACCCUGGAAUGAGUAGGUGUGUCCAAACUUUUGAUUGGUACUGAAUGUGUAAUAUGCAUUCAUCAACUGCUUUCCUGCUUCAAGGACAAUAUCCUGUGGAAAUACAUCAGUAACUUCGAUCCCGUCAUAUAAUUGAAAUUAUAAAAGAAAAAGCUCAUGCUAUCAGAAUGUGACAACGCUUUAGCUAUACAUUGUAUUCCAGAUUAAACAAUAAAUAUUUCUUAUCAAUCUCUGA